AUGACUUCUGAAGAUCUUUUGCAACCCGGUCAUGUCGUCAAAGAAAGAUGGAAAGUGGUACGAAAAAUUGGUGGAGGAGGUUUUGGUGAAAUUUAUGAGGGGUUAGACUUAAUUACAAAAGAUCAGGUUGCUUUAAAAGUGGAAUCCGCUCGUCAGCCAAAACAAGUUUUAAAAAUGGAAGUUGCAGUACUUAAAAAGCUUCAAGGAAAAGAACACGUUUGUAGAUUUAUUGGCUGUGGAAGGAACGACAGGUUUAAUUAUGUAGUCAUGCAGCUUCAGGGUAAAAAUUUAGCCGAACUGAGACGAAGUCAACCCAGAGGUGCUUUCAGUUUGUCAACCACUCUAAGAUUAGGAUUACAAAUUUUAAAAGCCAUCGAUUCAAUUCAUCAAGUCGGAUUUUUACAUAGAGAUAUAAAACCAAGCAAUUUUUCAAUAGGAAGACUUCCAAAUAAUUGUAGAAAAGUUUACAUGUUAGAUUUUGGUUUAGCUCGGCAGUACACGACGGCAACGGGAGAAGUAAGAGCUCCAAGAACGGCAGCUGGUUUUAGGGGGACCGUUCGAUAUGCUUCUAUAAAUGCGCACAAAAAUAAAGAAAUGGGUCGACACGAUGAUUUAUGGAGUUUAUUUUACAUGCUCGUCGAAUUUGUCAAUGGUCAAUUACCGUGGAGAAAAAUCAAAGAUAAGGAACAGGUCGGAUUGAUGAAAGAAAAAUACGAUCACAGGUUAUUAUUGAAACAUCUUCCAAGCGAUUUAAGACAAUUUUUGGAUCACAUACAGUCGUUGGAAUAUGCAGAUAAACCGGAUUAUAACAUGUUAAUCGGUUUAUUCGAAAGAUGCAUGAGACGUCGCGGAGUGAAAGAAAACGAUCCUUACGAUUGGGAGAAAAAGAUUUUGAGCGUGGAUACAAACGACAGCAAUGCACAAACAACGAACAGUCCUGCUUUAAUAACGAGACCGGCAACUCGAAUCACCGACAAUUUGUUAGACGACAAUCUUAUAUGCACUUUUGACAACAAUCAAGAAAACAUCGAGCCGGACAAUAGAAAAGAAUUGGCUCAAAUUGAUUUUGAAUGCGUGAGCUCUCGUCGUGGAAACGCUCACACUCAAAAUGUUUUAACAGUGGAAAGUAAUGCUGCGACUCCGGAUCAACAUCCACAAAAACUUGUUAUCGACAGGAAUUGCAACGCUACAUUACCCGUCAACAGUGAGUUUAACACCCAUGUACAAGGAUCUCCUAAAAAACAAACUCAACGAAGGCGUGCGAUGUCAAUGGCGACUGAAACACCAAUAGGAAAUUCAACCGAUAAAAAAGUUGAUUUCGAAGGGGAUGCCGUCAUGGCAAGCGCGACUAGUAAUUCGGACAAAGUUAGAAAAACCGUACUUCAAAGUCCUCCCAACGUUCACACUCCGAGAAAAGGAGGUAGUCCUUACGUCAGAACAAAAGUUGCAACUGCUCCGCCAACGUGCGUUCAAGAAUCGAAACCUUCCGCGGAAAAUGUUAAUAAUCACGUGGAAACGGCAACGCAUCAAUCACCGGAUUUCCCAACUAGUCCUAGAUUAAGAGAAUCGGCAACGGAUUUGGAAUUUUCGUUUCAGCCGUCAAAACCCAAUAGUAAUUCUCCGGUGACCGAGAGUCGUGAGCCUUUCAAAGAAAGAUCAUCUCGAUUGAGACGAAUAGGUAGUUCGAACGUGAGGCCCAUGUCUUGUAAAUUAAAUAAUCGUGAUUGUUCAAUCACUCAAUUUGCUGUGAUCGACGAUGAAAACGUGUCGGCUUUGCAACAAGUCACUCGCGGAGGCGGCGGAUUAACUUUGGCAAGUCAAUGGAAAUCCCAAUUUGAUGAUUCCGAAGAAACAGACAACGAAUGGAAAGGUGAACACCUUCAAAGUCCGGAGCAUAGACUUCACUCAACUAAUCAGACUCAAUUUCCAAAUGAAAUAUACUCUAAUCAAAAUCAGUUACCAAAUAAACAAGCAGUCGUUAGUCAAACAAAUAGUAGUUUAGUUAAUGAUAAUGUGACGGUCGGUAAAAACGGUCCUGUAGAAUUAUCUAGAAUUAGCGACGAAUCUCGUCAUCAGUCAUUUCAGGGACAUGAAAAAGUGUUACCCAGUACUCGUGGAAGCAACGAAAGAGGAGAUGGGAAAAAACAACAGAAACAGCAAAAACACCAAACUCAUAAUCAUCAUCACCACCACCACCACCACCAUCAUCAUCACCACCAAAAUAAUCAUAAUCAACAGCAAAAAAUUCAAAACAAAACAUCAAAAAAUAAAAAGUGCUUAAACAUUGCUGGAAUAGAAUAUUUUCCAGAGAUUCAAUCGAUUCUACCGAGAGCGUGGAGUCUACCAGAAAUUACUAUUAAACAUAGGAAAAAUCUCGAACCUCCAUAUCUACAGCAGGCUUCUUUCGACGACAUCGUUUACGAAGUCGACAUAAUGAGAAAUAUUGCCGUGAGAAGGAAGCAGGAGGAAAAAGUUGUGUCGGAAAAGCAUUUUAGCCUUCCCGUGAGUUUUCCGAUUCGAUUCGUUCCGGACGUUGGUUUAAACAGUUGCAAAAAAUUAAGGAUCUCACCUGGUAAAACGGAAAGUUCGUCUGUGAGUAAUAAAAAAGUUUUAAAUAGAUCUUCAAUUAGUUUUAAAGAAGGAGAAGAAAAAAAUGGGAUUCCGAAUACGAAUGCGAAAUCAUCGGAAAAGGAAAAAAAAUCUCCGUCGAAAGAUGAAAUCAGUACUCUGAUGACGGCUGCUGGGGAAAAUCAAAGCAACUGCCAAGAAAAUGGCAAUGUCGCAGCGGACGAAGAAAACGAAGAAGAGGAAAACGUUAUGGAACCUGUCGCGGGAAGAUUAGAAAUAAGAGUCGUCGACAAAGGGGAAGGUUCGGCUGUUGUCGAAACUUUAAAUAAUAAUUUAUCGGUGACCGGGAGCAAAUCUCAUAUGCAAAAAAGGCGGAGUCCUCCAGCGAGUCCGGGAGUCAUUCAAGAUGAUCCCUCUAUUUAUUUCGAUGCGACAGAAGAAGACAACAAUAUACAUCCGACGGAAAAUAGCAAUAACAAUUUAGAGGCAAAAAAAUUAAUACCCUGUUUAUCGCCGGUUUUGGAAAGGAACACACAGGAAGAACAAGGAGGGAUAAGAGAGAAAAAAUUGACGACGCCGCCUAAAAUUAGUAAAAUCCCAGUUUUAGUCGGUAAAAGUCCGAAAUGUAGUUUGAGCGAAUCUCUAACGGAAAAUACCAGAAAUUCAGACGAAAUCAGUUUAAAUCCACUUUCGCGUUUGAAAAAAUCCGAAGAACAAUCGAUACCAUCUCCUCUGAGACGAUGUCAAACGAUGCCGGAUGCGAGAAUCAAACACGAUUCUCUGCAGGGAAAUACCGGAAGUUCGACGGAAGACGACCAACAGCUAACGGGUUGCACACCCGCGUUGAGAAGGCGGCGACAACAGGAUAAGUACGUAACGGAUCAGAGUCAAUUAAAUUUAAGGUUUAAUCGUCCUUGUCGUCGAACUCGUCCGAUAUCCGAACUAGUCACAACAUCGAAUAGCAUUAGCGGAAUGAACAAACCUCCACCGAAAGAACUCAGAGGGAUAUUCACACGUUUGUUACUUAAUUCGGGAAACGCGGAUGAAUCGAGCGAAGCCGAGAGCGACGGAAGCGUGGGAGAAAACAUGACACCUCAUCCACCGUCGGAAUUGCCCGCAAAAGCCGGUGAAAAUCGCGCGAGAUGGAGAAGAUUUUAUCCCGUAGCCGAAAUGUAA